AUGCUUCUCCACUCCCGUCUCCGACCUCUCCCUCGCCGUCAACAUCAACAGCAACCGCCAUGCCCCUCCUCUGCCCCUCCACCCGACUUCCAGGACGAUGAAAUCGAAGAGGAGUCCCCCGAGGAUCUCUUCACCUCGUUUCUUCCGCAUCUAUUCCCCGAUGACGCUCCCUCGUUUCAUGGAGACCCCGGCCAGCAACUCCUCUACUCGUCGCCGCGCUACGGCAACCUCGAAAUCAUGGUCCCGUCCUAUCCCAACCAGAGCGAGAAACGCACCGAAGAGAUCGCGGCGGGUCAAGCCCGGCCAGAUGGACAAGUGAAUCAGGUCGAGGAGGGACGGAAGCUGUUUGCGCAUUUCCUAUGGAGCGCAGCGAUGGUUGUCGCCGAGGGAGUCGAGAAGGCCGAUGUCCUGGACAGCGCAGGACAAUUGGAUCCUGACAUCGCGAUGUGGCUGGCCAAGGGACACAGCGUGUUGGAGCUGGGAGCUGGCGCCGGUCUCCCCUCCGUGGUCUGCUCCCUCGCGCAGGCCUCCCAAGUAACCAUCACCGACCACCCCUCCUCUCCCGCCCUCUCCGGCGCAAUCACCUUCAACAUUGACCACAACAUCCGCCCCUCCGCCCUCCCCACCGUAUCCAUGCAACCGCACGAGUGGGGAACCCUCCAGAGCGACCCCUGGGCCGUCGCCGCCAAGGGCACGUAUUCCCGCAUCAUCGCCGCAGACUGCUACUGGAUGCGCUCGCAGCACGAGAACCUGGCGCGCACGAUGCUCUGGUUCCUGGCGCCCGGCGGCAAGGUCUGGGUCGUGGCGGGAUUCCACACCGGGCGACUGAUCGUGGCCGGGUUCUUCGAAACGGCGGUGGCGUUGGGGCUGGAGAUUGAACGGAUCCACGAGCGAGAUCUGAACUCCGUCACGGAGGAUGGGCAGGAGGUGCGAAGGGACUGGGUGCCUGUCCGAGAGGGCGAGGGGCCGGAGAAUCGGAAACGGUGGUGCGUGGUUGCGCUGUUGAAGAGGAAGGGAGAGUAA